AAUGUCUCACCAGGGAAGAUGCAGUGCAACUCAAUCCAAUGUUCUUCUCCUCUUUCUCUUCCUCACCAUUGUGUCUGCUCAAACAACCACCUUCACAGUUGGUGACAAAUCUGGGUGGAGUUUCAACGUCGAAAACUGGACAGAUGGAAAGAAGUUCAAAGCCGGCGAUGAACUUGUUUUCAACUAUGAUCGAUCCCUCCACAAUGUGGCAGUUGUUGAUGCCAAUGAAUAUAGUAGUUGUAGUGCUUCUUCAAGCUCUAAGGCAUUCACCACUGGCAAAGAUCGCGUCAAAUUAUCGAAGGGACUCAACUACUUUAUCUGCACCGUCCCUGGCCACUGCGAUGGUGGUGUGAAGAUUUCGGUUAAUGCUUCCUAAACAGUUGGGAAAAAUUGAAGGGGAGGGUGGGUUGUCGAGUGGUAUCUCUAUGUAAU